GUCAAAGGAACAGACACAAAGAAGAAAAGAACAUAAAGAAGGUAAAGUGAACCUUCAUUCCAAUUUUCCCUAUGUUUUUUUCCUCACACAAAAAACAACUCCACCACCAUUCCAAGUUCCAAUUUUUUCACCUUCAUUCUUCUGCUGCUGCUACAUCACCAUCAAUAAUCAAACCCAAAGAUUUCAUUUUUCUUCAAAUCAUAAACACCCCAUUAUUUAUUUUCUGAAUCCACCAUUGUUUUUCUUUCAUCAAGAUGGGAAAUUCUUUUGGGUGUUCAGCUUCUGGCGAGAGAUUGGUGUCUGCGGCGAGGGAUGGUGAUUUGGUUGAAGCAAAGAUGCUUCUGGAAUUCAAUCCUGGUCUUGCUAAAUACUCAACCUUUGGUGGUCUUAAUUCACCUCUUCAUUUUGCAGCUUCCAAGGGUCAUAACGAGAUUGUGGCAUUGUUGCUUGAGAAGGGAGCUGAUGUGAAUUCAAGAAAUUAUUGUGGGCAGACAGCUUUGAUGCAAGCUUGUAGACAUGGUCAUUGGGAAGUUGUACAGACCCUUAUGCUCUACCGAUGCAAUGUUAUGAAAGCAGAUUAUCUCAGUGGGAGGACAGCUCUUCACUUUGCAGCUGUCAGUGGGCAUGUUAGAUGCAUUAGACUUGUUGUGGCUGACUUCGUUCCAAGUGCUCCUUAUGAAACUCUACAUGCUACUGUGGAUGCUGACGUGGGUGAUGGAUCAAAUACGAAAAGAAAAAACGAGCAAAGUACGUUGUCCAAGUUUGUAAACAAGACGGCUGAUGCUGGUAUUACUGCACUUCACAUGGCUGCAUUGAACGGAUAUUUCGAUUGCGUACAACUGCUACUUGAUCUUAAUGCAAAUGUGUCAGCUGCAACAUAUCAUUAUGGAACGUCAAUGGAUUUAAUAGGGGCUGGAAGCACUCCAUUGCAUUAUGCCGCUUGUGGUGGAAACUUAAAAUGCUGCCAGAUCCUCCUUGCAAAAGGUGCAACUCGAAUGGCUUUGAACUGCAACGGGUGGCUUCCACUUGAUGUUGCUAGGAUGUGGGGGCGUCAUUGGCUUGAGCCGUUGUUGGCACCUAGUUCUGAUACAGUAGUGUCAUCGUUCCCUACUUCAAAUUAUUUAUCAUUGCCCCUCAUGAGCGUGCUCAACAUAGCCAGAGAAUGUGGAUUGCAACCACCAACAACCUCCUCUAAUGAGAUCGACUUCUGUGCUGUCUGCCUCGAGAAGCCAUGUUCAGUAGCUGCAGAAGGAUGUAUGCACGAGCUUUGCGUAAGAUGUGCACUCUAUCUUUGCUCUACAACCAAUGUUUCUUCUGAAAUGCACGGCCCUCCUGGUUCUAUCCCUUGCCCCCUUUGUCGACAUGGAAUUAUCUCUUUCGUCAAGUUACCGAGUUUCCAACCGAAAGAAAACAAAUUACACGUGUCACUCAGCAUGUGUACUCCCUGCAUGCAGCAUCCACGUGACGUAGAUCAAACCUCUCUCUCACAUACUACACCGGAAAUUCGAAGAAACCGGGUAGCUUCUGUUUCUUCCGAGAUGCUUUGUCCUGUCACCUGUACACCGUUUCCAUCCGUAGCAAUUCCUCUAUGUACCUGCAACGACGGUCCUUGUCCACCAUUUGAACCCCGGGAAGAUGAAACUCAAGACGAAUCGCCUCGUCACUCACAAUCUUCGACAACUGAUCAAGAUAAAAUGGAAGGACCAAAACUGGUGAAAACUACGUGUUCGAAUAUGUUUUGGGGUAGAAGAAGUUGCAGCAGAGAGAAUCAAUGUAAUUCAGAAAUAAAUGCUUGAUUGAUUGAAUAGGCACAUGUAUGAGAUUAGUAUUAGUAAGAGGUUCUUUUGUAUAAUAAUAUGGUUGCAAGGUUACGUAGAACUGUCAAAUUUAUUGAAUAAUUUUGAACUUAAACUUAAGUCACAGUGAAUGUGAAUAGAAGAUUCAACCAUCUUUAGGAAUUGUGCAUUUGGUACCUUGGAUUUUUCUGUGACCACCCAAGUCACACUUUUUGAAGACAAUAUAAUUGAGCAAUCAUAUAUUUUGUCCUUCACUUCUA